AUGAGGAUUACACAACUCUUAUAUAUCUCGAGCGUGGUUAUCGCAUCGAUCGAGGCGGUGGAGUAUCUAAUUCGCUUCGAGACGAAGAAGGCCAAGUGCCUGAAUCCGCCCAGAACGGCCAGGAAAGUGGAGUCGGUGAUUGGCGAGUGCCAGGACGAGGUCCGCAACAAGUUGGUUAAUGAGGCCUAUGAGAUACUCAAGGAGCAGGUGUCGCACAAGCAACCGCCCAUCGAUCCCCACGAUGACUCCAUCGACUUUUUCUGGCCCUCAGUUCCCGGUGUGUCAGGAGGCACCUCCGUAGACCAUCCCCCCACUCGGUACGAAUAUAUACUGUACGAUGAGCCCGAACCACAUCGCCAUGUGGCCAGGCUGAUGAAGAACAUCCGCAGACUGGACGUGGCCAGUUCGGGCAUAUACCAUCCCACGCUGGUGCCUCUGGAAGACAAACGCAUCGCGGGGUGCCUGCUGCACUGCGUCUAUGCCAAGAACCACGCCAUCGACCAGAAGGGUUGGCCCACCCUGGACGGACUGGUCAGCUUCUACUCCGAGGGCGUCCACGAGCACGGCUUCUUCAUGGCCACCCUGCGGUCCGUGAACCUCUGCCUCCGGACAAUGACCGCCAAGUACGGAGUGAACCGCAAGGAGCUGCCCCAGAAAGGUGAAAGCUGCGAUCUGGCUUUCGAUGUCUUCGACUGCAUAUCCGACCAAAUCACCGGCUACUGUCUGGAUCAGUACAGCAGAUAUUAA